AUGGUGUUAUCAGAGCCAUAUAUUACGCCAGAAAAUUGGUUCACGGACCUGUCGGGAAGGGCAUCUAUAUGUGUCACUAACUUGGGUAUAGCUAAAAGCAGAAAAUUAACAGUACUGAGUUGCGGCAUGGGUUUCGUCGGUAUAAAAUAUAACGAUAUAGGUUUAGUGAGCGUGUAUGCCUCCCCAAAUGAUAGUAAUGAAGAGUUUAAGGCUCAAUUGGCUGCGAUGGAGAUUUUUCUAGUGAGCAUUCGCAAAACAUUGACUAAGAUUUUAGUUCUAGGGGAUUUUAACGCAAAAUCCCCACUAUGGGGAUCGAAAAAAUGGUGUGGUAGGGGAAGAACCCUUUUUCAGUGGUGUAACAGUCUGGGCCUGAUUCCCGUGAUAUCCAAGGGAGGCGUUACCUGUGAAAGGGGAGGAGGAUCGGUAAUAGACCUCCUCUUUUGUAGUAAUGAUGCCAUGAAACAACACACAUCAUCGGAGAUUUUGGACACCUUUACAGCGUCGGACCAUAAAUAUAUUAUUCAUAAGUUUGGUGAAAACGCUAUAAAUGGUGAACCAGCAAAGGACCCCUUUGACCUAGGAAAAGGGAAAAUUGAUGAAGAAGGUCUCCUGUGUGAGCUUGUUCAGAAAUAUGGGGACGCGAAUUACGAUAGGAGAGGUAAAACCGGAACCACCAUGGAGGUGGACAAGUUCAUCGAUGAUGUAGAGAAAUUAGUGAAUAAAUAUACCACCUACAGAGGACCCUAUAGAGGAAAUCGCCACCCUGUAUACUGGUGGAAUGAGGAUACGGCUAGAUACAGGAAGGAUGUAAAUAAGGCAAGGAGAAGGUUGACAAGGUUGAGGGCUAAGGGAAACAAGAAAGAUAUAGAGGAGGCUCAUAAGGAUUUUAAGAUGGCCAAGAAAGCAAUGAAUCGUGAAGUAAAAAAGGGUAAAAGAACCCGCUGGGAAAAUAUGUUAUCGGAAAUAGAUAAAGAUAUAUGGGGUAGACCAUAUAAGCUGGUCACUAGGAAGCUCAAGGGGAAGGUUAAUAAACCAGACAUCUUGAGCCCUGAGGAAGUCGAAGAGGUGGUCAAAAAGCUCUUUAUCCUGUCACCACCGAAAGGAGAGAUUCCUGAAAGAAAAAACGAACAAGAGGUUAGAGAGAAUAUAUAUGACGUUGAACACUUACCUGAUAAACCCGGAAGUCCUGGUGUACCUGAAAAUAAAAAUAAAAAUAAAAAUAAUAAUGAUGUGAACGUUUCCACAAUAGACGCGCGAUACUUACCUGAAGAGCCGCGAGAUAUACCUGAAAGAGAAAGGGAAUACGAUGGGACUAAUAUGUAUGAGGAGAGGAUGUAUGUACCUACCUGUAUCAGACACAGAAGAGUGGGAGGGAUCACACCCGAGGAGAUCAUCGCUGUGGUGAGGGGUAUGCCGGUGAACAAGGCACCUGGUCCAGACAGGUUGUCUUCGGCAGUAACGAAGAAAUUUAGUAUGAAAGCGUCUAGGUGGCUUGCACACAUCUACAAUACAUGCUACGCCAAGGGUUACUGA